AUGCCAGGCGCUUCCUUGAUAGAAUCGAGGUCGCCUCGUCGAAUACCUCCAAAACGCUCCUUCGCAGAUUUCCACGAACUUGACCAUUCCUCACGGCCGGGCACGACGAAGCGAGUCCGGAUUGAGACCGAGGAAGCAGAGGAGGAGGCCGAAGUAUGUCUAUCCCCUUAUACCAGUCAACGACUAAUGGAGAAGAUCGUGCAGACUGUACAGCUACAGCCAAAGCCUCUCCCUCUAAAGCGUCCAUACGCAUCGUUCCUCGAAGUCUCUCUCGACCCGCUCUCGUCGAGUCCAUCUCCGAAAACAUACCGUCCUGAGUCUGUCGAUAGUUUUGUUACCCAGUGGGUCGAGUCUGCUUCAGGAUCCUACCGAGAAAGGCACUGCCGGUCGGACACUCUUCUUGAUCACUCAGACGGCGACCCUAUUCCUAGGAGGCUUACAAAAUCGGCGCCGAAUAUGGACUACAGACGGGAUGCUGAUGGAUUCGCUCUGCCACCGACACCUGUUUCGACCAGGUUACAGUCUCACCGAGCAGAUGCAGAGGACGACUCACAGGCGUCCUGGUACGGCCCAUUAGUCGCGCCAUCGGAUAUUAGUGGUGCUUCUACUAGUUCAAGUCGAAAGAGCCUUGUUGAAGACCCCUCUUACCGGGACAUGAACUUGACCGCAAACCAUAUCUAUAUACGCCCUUCCUACGAGCAACUCCCUGAACACAUUACCAGCCUCGUUGAUCAAGUACGCAGGAAUCGUGAUUCGCCAGGUCCAUCGCUUAAACAAGUUUUGCAAGACACGCGUUUAGCAGAACUUGAAAUGGGAACCGCGGAAAGCAAAGUAGAGAGCGAUAGAUUGCCAAUGGCCAAGCAUGCUGUUCCGGAUUUCGGAUCUAAGCUCAAAGUUAGUACGCCUGUGCCUGAUUUACUCUAUGGAUAUAGCCGUACUGGAGCAUUUCACCAGCAACAAGCCCAAUUUCCCUCUAUGGGGAAUGAGAUGGUAGCUAGUAGCAACGGCCUCGUAUAUCCAUUCUUCGUUAUAGAGUUCAAUGCUGACGGGCCUUCCGGGAGUGGGAGCCUGUGGGUAGCUACGAAUCAAUGUCUCGGGGGCUCUGCAUCCUGCAUUAAUAUCGCUGAACGCCUUAACCGCCAGCUAAGGCAAUACAAGAACAAAACUGUCCAACCUAUUGAGAGUACUGCAUUUAGUAUCGCUAUGAACGGCACUGAGGCGCGAUUAUACGUAUCCUGGAAGCAUGAUGAGCUCAAAUACUACACGCGGAAGGUCGAUAGUUUUUUGCUUCAGAAGCCUAAAGAUUAUAUAGAGUUCCGCAAGUACGUCCGGAACAUUAUUGACUGGGGCAAGGACAAGCGCCUGAACGAGAUUCGGGACUCAUUAAACAGCCUCCUCGAGGAGAGUAGGAGGACAGCCUCCCAGCUGGCCAGGUCCCGUCCGGCACCUUCGUCAGAUGAUUCCGCAAGAAGCAAUAGUCACAAACGCAAAUCCUCAUCGUCUCGCGGACGCAACAGCAAAACCAAAACUAUACAAGAAUACCCCAACGGCGGAGCAAAUACUCUGUCUUCCGCCUGUUUCCAAGAAAACGAUCAGGAUGACUCCUCUGUGCAAAUCCCCGCUGCGAAUAAUGUAUAUGCUCCGCCUUCUACUGGUUUCCAGGAUUUGAAUCAGGUAUAG